AUGGCCGCCCUUCGUCACCCGACCGCCUGGCCUCGGGCCUUGCGCCCUGCGUUGCGCGCGGCGCUGGCGGGCGGCCGGGGCGCCGCCACGUACGCCGCGUCUGUCAACAAGGGCGCCGUGUGGGAUCCACACGCGAUCCUGGGCGUGCGGCUGUCGGCGACGCGGCAGGAGCUGAAGGCGGCCUACCGCCGCGCCGCCCUCCGCACCCACCCGGACGUGGCCCCGCCCGGCGCCGGGGCGAGAGGCGCCGCGGAGCAGUUCAGGCGCGUCGCGGAAGCGUACAGAUACCUGACCAGCCCGCUGGGAGCCCGCGCUGCCCUGCGCCCUGCCGCGGCGGGCGGGGGCGCUGCUGGGGUCCAGGAGGCUCCCAGCUGGAGGCCGCGCCACUCCACCGUGGGGCCGGAAGAGGCCGAGCGCUUGUUCCGUCGUGCAUUCGGAGGUCGUGGCGUUGAGGAGGUGAUGCGCGAGGAGAGCGAGCGCGAGGGCCUGAGCGGAGCGCGGCACGGUGCCUUCGCCGCCCUGAUGCAGCAGGGCCUCUACGCGCGCCUGCUCCAGCGCGCCGUGGCCCUCGCUCGCGCGUGCGAGGCCGAGACCACCACCGUCCGGGAGCCGUGGCGCGACCGCUCGGGCGCGCGCUUCGUCCGCGUGCGGGCCGUCAAGCGGUUGCCGAGCUUCGAGUCGUGCACUGCGCUGCCAGCUCUGGAGCUGCUGUGGCGAAGCCCGCACAACCUCAGCGCCUGCAGGAGCUUCAGCGUGCAUGGCAGCGUUGUGCCGCAGCUUGUCCAUGUGCUCGGGAAGGUGGCCCGCCAGCCUCGCCGCCAGCGCGACCACCGCGGAAUGAUCGUGACCACCCGAUCCCCGACCUCGGCGUCGCCGGCGAGCAAGGCCACCGCCUCCUUGAGCACUGAGUCCUUCUGGGAAAGGCGCGCCGCCGACGCCUGCGCGACUCGCAGCGGCCCCGCGCGGCCGGCAGCCCACGGCCGCGGCGGCGCCAUGCGGCCUCGCGCGGCCCCGGGCCAUGGCGAGCGGGCCCCGGCCGCGCGCCUGGCGCCCCGGGCUGGCGCGGCGAGGGCGCCGCUGGGCGCGGGACAGGCGCCCGCCUUGGCCCGCCGCGGAGCGUCCGUGGGGAUCAGGCGGCCGGCCUCGUGGGCCGAGAGGCCGCCGGACAUGCCGCCGUCGCUGCGGCCGACGCUGCUGCGCGGGCUUCCCGCGGCCGCCGACGCGGCCGACGAGCUGCUGUCGCAGGCCUCGGCGCGGGGGGCGUGCGCGGCUGUGCCUGCCGCGGGCCUGCUCGACCAGGCCCAGCAGCUGCUGGCGCCCGUGCACCCACAGGGCCCGCAGGACCCGACCAUGUGGACUGGGAGCUGCUGGCGGCGCCGCAGAGGGGCGGCGAGCAGCCGCGGGGACCGCAGGAGAGCAGCUCCACUCGGAGCUGCUGGCGCCGCCGGCGCAGGGCCCCGCGGGCGGCGCGCCGCCGCAGUCGCGCGCGGGCGCCGGCGGCGAGCCCGAGGGGGCCCCCGGGCUGGCGAACCCGGCGCUCGAGGGGGAGGCCGCGCUGCGCGGCAGGUGCUGCGCCGUGCCCGGGGAGGAGCCGCCCGCCGCCGCCGCUCCAUCGGAUGAGCCGCCCGCCCUUCGUGGCCGCGGGCUGGCACCAGUCACUGCGCUGGCGGCGCAGGCGGCGCAGGCCGCGGGCGCGGCGGCGCGACGCGCGGGGUGCCUGGACGAGGCGGGCAAGG